AUGCAUGGAGGCAUCGCCCCGUGCAUCUUGUGCAGGAGGCUUCGCCCCUGCAUGCACUGCAUGGGCAUAGCAGCACGCAUGACACAGCAGACAGACACACACGAAGCCAGACGCACUGCAGACAGACACAUGUGCAAGCCCAUGGCAUAUAUAGAACAUGCAGGCAAGUUCCUGAAACCUCAGCAGCGGCACAGCUGCUUCGUUGCGGUCGCCAUGGACAAGCUCCCGGCGAAGUCCGCGGCGAAGGGAAAAGGAAAAGGAAAGGACCCUGAAGAGAAGGGAAAGGGAAAAGGAGAAGGAAAGGACCCUGAAGAGAAGGGAAAGGGAAAAGGAGAAGGAAAGGACCCUGAAGAGAAGGGAAAGGGAAAAGGAGAAGGAAAGGACCCGGAAGAGAAGGGAAAAGGAAAAGGAGAAGGGAAGGACCUCCAAGAGAAGGGAAAGGGAAAGGAAAAAGGAGAAGGGAAGGACUCCGAAGAGAAGGGUCCGGGAAAAGGAAAAGGGAAGCGCCCAGAAGAGAAGGGUCUUGGAAAAAGCAAAAAAGGAGGGAAGGACCUCGAAGAGAAGGGAAAGGAAACAGGAAAAGGGAAGUGCCCCGAAGACAAAGGAAAAGGAAAGCACGUCAAAGAAGAGGAUCCCUCAGAGAAGGGAAAAGGAAAAGGGGAGGGCCUCCAAGAGGAGGUGAAAGAAGAAGGGAAAGGAAAGGGAAAGGAAAAGGAGGAGGAGGAGGAGGGGCCCAUCGUAGACGAAGUCUACGAUGGGCCCUACGAGGUCCAGGCGGGGACCCUGACGGCCGCUGAGCGAAGCGAGAUCUUUCAGGCCACGGGCAUGAGGGUCUCGCUUCGCUUGAGGAACUCCUGGCAGGGGCGAGCCAUGGUCCUGACCGGCCCCAGAGACGGUCACUUGCCGGAGGCUUUGUCCAUGGCUUGGCGGUACAUAGAAGCGUCAGCCAAGGCAAAGCCCCCGGCAAAGGCCUCGCCAGCGGCCGCUUCCACUCCAGCUCCAGGAGCGAAGCCGGCGAGGCCUCGCCCGCCGCCAGCAGCCAGGCCACCCACCUCACCCUGGCCCCAAGCCUUCCCGCAGGCAUGGCAAGCCCCGCCCCCGCCGUUCCAGCCCUCCUUCCCAGCCCAACCUGCCUUUUUGGACCAGCAACCUGGCUUUUUGGGGCAAGGCUUCCUCGCGCCACCGCCUUUAGUGCCAGGGCUGCCUGAUCCCUGGCUGCAGGCCGCUCAACGUGCGGAAGCUGCAGCGGCCAGGUCGGAAAACGCGGCCAGACAAGCAGAAGCAGCAUUGCAGGCAAUGCACAAGCUGCAGCUGCGGCCGCCGCCGCCAAAGGCCCGGAGCAGCUCCUCCGACGAGGCCGGGCCUAACACACAUGCAAGUUGUAAUCACACAUGGCUUCGCCUGUGUGAUUACAAGUAA